AAAAAUUUUUGCCAGAAAUUCAGUUGAUGCCGAUUGCUACGUUAAUAGAAGUGGAAUAAGAUGAAGUUUUUGCUAUACGGUAUAAUUUUAUUUCUUUUUUUAUCAGAAACAGUUAAUGGUGAUUGGUAUGUAAAAGAUUAUUCUGAUCCAAAACAUCCAGGUAAAUGCGUAAUUGAAGGUCACAUAUUGUCCCCUGGACAAAAAAUUCAACCGCUAUUCGAAUGUAAAGAAUACGCAUGCUAUGAUGAAGAUGGACUUGGAGAUAUAACCGGUUGUGGUCCAGUUAAUGUGCCAUCAAAUUGUAAAAUGGAUGACUAUGAUUACAGUCAACCUCAUCCCAAAUGUUGUCACAGGGACGUAAGAUGUGGUUAAAUGUAUACGCGAUUCAAAUGAGUUGUGAAUAGAGUUGACAAAAAAAAAUGAAUUAUAUUUAUUUAAAUACUCCAAAUAAAUUUAAAUUGAAUUUAAAACUUAAA